AUUUUUCUUCGUAAUUCUUAUCUUGUUUUUCAAACUGUAGCUAAUAGGGCAACCACCAUCGACGAAGACGAACUCAAUUACAGUUAGCAAACAAAAGCAAGGAAAUUAAGCCAUCGUGUUCCGUUAUCAUUUGAUAGUGAAUUUAUCAUUUAUCUCGUAACUUUGGCCUGAUAGCGAACACAACAAUGUCAGAACACCGCGAACCUUGCGACUAAUUCACGUUAAAUUUAGAUAAACCUUUGAUAUUGUGUUACGAUGGAAGAGUUUCUAGGAGUGAAGUAUGUGAUGGUGGGUUACGAAAACUUUGAGGACUAUCUAAUUUUUAUAGGUGUGGGCUACAUAGCUAGGAAGGCAGCACUAACUCUUCGUCCUACUCAUUGCCUAACAUUAAACGAAAACGGUACCUAUACAUUCAGUUUUAAUUCGAGGCUGGUGAAUUCUUCAGUUACAUUCGCAUUAGGCAUUGAGUUCGAUGAAGUUAAGCCAGAUGGUGUUAAGGUAAAAAGCGUAAUUACAAUAGAAGGUAAUAAGAUGAUACACAUACAGCGAGAAGAAAAUGGCAGAACUUCGAAACAUAUUCGUGAAUUUUUCCAUGAUAAAAUGAUAGCGACAACUACCGCUGAAGGAUUAGACAAAAUUGUCAAAAGAUACUUUGAGGCAGUACGAUGAUGAAUGGGUGGAUGAGGAAAGAAAAAUCGGAGUUUUCUUUUACAUUUAGU